GCAUAUUUGCUUCCUUAUUUUUAUAUUUUCUUUUCAAAUUGCUCCUAUAUUUUUAAGCAAAGGUACGUCCCCGAGGCUGCGCAAUUCAGUCAUCAAGAACUGAAACCGAAGACAGGGAGAGAGAGGGGCUAAAAGCAGGGUAGUCGUAAUAUAUAAAGCAGCAGCAGAGAGAGAGAGAGAGAGAGAGAGAGAGAGAGAGAGAGAGAGAGAGAGAGAGAGAGAGAGAGAGAGAGGCAUGGCAGAGGGCCUCACUCACAAAGCCUUUUACACGUGAUAAAGAAAACACCAAAAGCACACUUGCAUGCGUGUAUAAAGAUUCAUCAUCAUCAUCGUCUCUCUAGAAUUCUCUCACUCUUACUCUCUUUUAUUUCUAAGGCCAGAAGAACUGAAAUCCUCCAUAAAAAGCCUUCACUUUCCUUUCUCCUUAAACCCAUCAUUUCACGUUCUUUGUCUCCCUCUUCUCUCAAACAUUUCUCUUCUUGCAACCUCAACUCUUGUAUCUUGGUUGUUACCGACUGAGUGAGUGAGCAGGUGAGUGUUGUGAACGAAGGAGAAGUGGUCUUAAGUCCAAGCCUGUGAGGCCAACAAGCAAAAGACUAGAAGAUAAAUAAAGUAUAUUUUUGCCAUUCGGUGAAUCUUUUACUUUUUUGAAGAUAAAAUAUCUUGCUGCUUUCACAUAAAGUUUCAGUGAGUAUAGGGAAUAAAGUGAAAGAAAAAACUAGCUAUGCCUAUAAGGCAAAUGAAAGAGAGCUCAGAGCAGCACUUGGUGAUAAAAACUCACAUGCAGAACUCCAUAAACCAACCUCAAAAACACCACAAAACUGCUCAAAAUGGCAAAGGACCACCACAACCACUCCAAGAAAGUUCCAACACUAAACCCCAAAACCAGACCUCACCUCCUGCAAAGAAUAGAGGGAGAAGGAGAGGCAGAGGUGGUAGAAAGUCUGAUCAAGGAGAUGUAUGUAUGAGGCCUUGUUCAAGGCCUUGUACCGUAGUACAUAAACCUGUUGUGAAUCCAAUUGGUGAUCUCCUGUCAACUACUUCAACUGGGCCUAUUGAGACUGGUAAAAAUGUUUGUGAAAUGGAGAUGGGUCCGGGGUUCCCAACCUCAAGCAAGUCUUUGAGUUUCGCACGUAGGCCUGGUUAUGGUCAAGUUGGUAGCAAGUGUAUUGUUAAGGCCAACCAUUUCUUUGCAGAGUUACCAGACAAGGACUUGAACCAGUAUGAUGUUACUAUAACUCCUGAAGUGGCAUCAAGAACUAUGAACAGAGCUAUUAUGGCAGAGCUCGUGAGGCUUUACAAAGAAUCUGAUUUAGGAAUGCGACUGCCUGCUUAUGAUGGCAGAAAGAGCUUGUACACAGCUGGUAAGCUUCCGUUUGCUUGGAAGGAGUUCGCUAUUAAGCUUGUUGAUGCACAGGAUGGUAUCAGUGGUCCCAAGAGAGAGAGAGAAUACAAAGUGGUGAUCAAGUUUGUUGCAAGGGCAAACAUGUAUCAUUUGAGUCAAUUCUUAGCUGGAAAACAUGCUGAUGCUCCGCAGGAAGCUCUACAGAUUCUUGACAUUGUACUGAGAGAGCUCUCUACAAAGAGGUAUUGCCCUGUUGGAAGAUCCUUUUUUUCACCCGAUAUAAGAGCACCACAGCGACUAGGUGAUGGUUUGGAAUCCUGGUGCGGAUUUUACCAGAGUAUAAGACCGACUCAAAUGGGACUGUCCUUAAACAUUGAUAUGGCCUCGGCAGCAUUCAUUGAGCCUCUUCCUGUGAUAGAGUUUGUCGCUCAGCUUCUAGGCAAAGAUGUAUUGUCAAGGCCAUUGUCUGAUUCUGAUCGAGUGAAGAUUAAAAAAGGUCUAAGAGGAGUGAAAGUUGAAGUAACUCACAGAGGGAGUGUACGAAGAAAGUAUCGUGUCUCCGGCUUGACAUCUCAGCCUACAAGAGAACUUGUGUUUCCUGUUGAUGAUAACUCGACAAUGAAGUCAGUUGUUGAAUACUUCCAAGAGAUGUAUGGCUUCACCAUUCAACAUGCACAUCUACCUUGCCUUCAGGUUGGAAACCAGAAGAAAGCAAAUUAUCUACCCAUGGAGGCUUGCAAAAUUGUGGAGGGGCAACGCUAUACAAAACGGUUGAAUGAGAGGCAAAUUACUGCCCUUCUAAAAGUUACAUGUCAAAGACCCAGGGAUCGGGAAAAUGACAUUUUGCAGACUGUUCAGAAUAAUGCUUAUGAUCAAGACCCCUACGCGAAGGAGUUUGGGAUCAAAAUCAGUGAAAAGCUUGCGUCUGUUGAGGCUCGAAUUCUCCCUGCCCCUUGGCUGAAAUAUCAUGAAACUGGAAAAGAAAAGGAUUGCUUGCCUCAAGUGGGGCAAUGGAAUAUGAUGAACAAGAAAAUGAUUAAUGGAAUGACUGUAAGCCGGUGGGCAUGUAUUAACUUCUCAAGGAGUGUGCAAGAGAGUGUUGCUCGUGGCUUUUGCAAUGAACUUGCCCAAAUGUGUCAAGUUUCUGGAAUGGAGUUCAAUUCAGAGCCUGUGAUCCCUAUCUACAAUGCCAGGCCUGAGCAUGUAGAGAAAGCUUUGAAGCACGUCUAUCAUGCAUCCACAAACAGAACCAAAGGAAAAGAGCUAGAGCUUCUCUUAGCUAUUCUACCUGACAACAAUGGGUCCCUCUAUGGUGAUCUGAAGCGAAUAUGCGAAACUGAUCUUGGUUUAAUAACUCAAUGCUGUCUCUCGAAACAUGUGUUCAAGAUCAGUAAGCAGUACUUGGCAAAUGUGUCCCUCAAGAUCAAUGUAAAGAUGGGUGGUAGAAAUACUGUCCUUUUAGAUGCUAUCAGCUGCAGAAUACCAUUAGUUAGCGACAUACCAACCAUUAUUUUUGGAGCAGAUGUGACUCACCCAGAGAAUGGAGAGGACUCAAGCCCCUCAAUAGCUGCUGUGGUGGCUUCUCAGGACUGGCCUGAAGUAACAAAAUAUGCUGGACUAGUUUGUGCUCAAGCUCACAGACAGGAACUCAUACAGGACUUGUACAAAACAUGGCAAGAUCCUGUUCGUGGUACUGUUAGCGGUGGCAUGAUCAGAGAUCUUCUGAUUUCUUUCAGGAAAGCAACUGGACAAAAGCCGCUAAGGAUCAUAUUUUACAGGGAUGGUGUUAGUGAAGGACAAUUUUAUCAAGUUCUGCUUUAUGAGUUGGAUGCGAUUCGGAAGGCCUGUGCGUCUUUGGAGCCAAAUUAUCAGCCACCAGUAACUUUCAUAGUUGUACAAAAACGUCACCACACUAGAUUGUUUGCUAACAACCAUAGGGACAGGACUAGCACAGACAAGAGUGGAAACAUACUGCCUGGCACUGUGGUUGAUUCUAAAAUCUGUCAUCCAACAGAGUUUGACUUCUAUCUCUGUAGCCAUGCUGGUAUUCAGGGGACAAGUAGGCCAGCGCACUAUCAUGUUUUGUGGGAUGAGAACAACUUCACAGCUGAUGGAAUCCAGUCUUUGACGAACAAUCUCUGCUAUACAUAUGCUAGGUGCACUCGCUCCGUUUCAGUAGUUCCUCCGGCAUACUAUGCACAUUUAGCUGCAUUUCGUGCUCGAUUUUACACGGAGCCAGUAAUGCAGGAGACUGGCUCAGCAGGCAGUGGUGCUGGCCAUGGUGCUAAGGGAACACGAACAGGAGAAUCAGGUGUCCGGCCACUGCCGGCCUUGAAAGAGAAUGUAAAGAGAGUAAUGUUUUAUUGUUAGGGGGGAAUGGAAGUUGGAUUCAGGUAGUGGUUAGCUGGAGAUGCUAGUAUUGAUAAUUCUCAUGUACAUGUAACAACACAAGCAUGAUAGCAAAAUGUUUCAUUCUACCUCAGUGAUUAGAAGCCCAAAAAGCCUUUGGUCGGUUGUUCUCUUGAAACAUCUCAAAACAUGAGAAACGCCCCUAAACACAGGUGAUGGCACUCGUCUUCCGACCAUCCAUAGAUGACGGGAAGAACAAAGUAGGCCUUGUAAAGAAAUGUUCAUUAAUGAAUCGAUCGCUAUGUAGGAAAUUUUGCCCCA